CAGUAGCGGCGGUUCCCGCCGGGGCCCGGGGCCAGCCCGCUUUGCACUAUGGGCACGGUGCUGUCCCUGUCCCCUGCCUCCUCGGCCAAGGGCCGAAGGCCCGGCGGGUUGCCGGAGGAGAAGAAGAAGGCGCCGCCCGCGGGCGACGAGGCGCUGGGGGGCUACGGCGCGCCGCCCGCCGGCAAAAGCGGCAAAGGCGAGAGCCGGCUCAAGCGGCCGUCUGUGCUCAUCUCGGCGCUCACCUGGAAGCGCCUGGUGGCCGCAUCCGCCAAGAAGAAGAAAGGCAGCAAGAAGGUGACGCCCAAGCCAGCGUCCUCGGGCCCUGACCCCCUGGUCCAGCAGCGCAACCGGGAGAACCUCCUUCGCAAGGGCCGCGACCCCCCCGACGGCGGCGCCACCAAGCCCCUGGCCGUGCCGGUGCCCACCGUGCCUGCGGCCGCCGCCGCCUGCGAGCCGUCGUCGGGGGGCAGCGCGGCCGCAGCGCCGCCGGGCUCAAGCGGAGGAAAACCGCCGCCUCCGCCGCCACCCCCUGCCCCACAGGCCGCGCCGCCAGUGCCCGGGGGCUCGCCGAGGCGGAUCAUCGUGCAAGCUUCCACCGGCGAGCUGCUACGCUGCCUGGGCGACUUCGUGUGCCGGCGCUGCUAUCGCCUCAAGGAGCUGAGCCCCGGCGAGCUGGUGGGCUGGUUCCGCGGCGUGGACCGCUCGCUGCUGCUGCAGGGCUGGCAAGACCAGGCCUUCAUCACACCCGCCAACCUGGUGUUCGUGUACCUGCUGUGUCGCGAGUCGCUGCGCGGGGACGAGCUGGCGUCGGCCGCCGAGCUGCAGGCCGCCUUCCUCACCUGCCUCUACCUCGCCUACUCCUACAUGGGCAAUGAGAUUUCCUACCCACUCAAGCCCUUCCUCGUGGAGCCCGACAAGGAGCGCUUCUGGCAGCGCUGCCUGCGCCUAAUCCAGCGGCUCAGCCCGCAGAUGCUACGACUCAACGCCGAUCCCCACUUCUUCACGCAGGUCUUCCAAGACCUCAAGAACGAGGGCGAGGCUGCUGCCGCCGGGGGUCCUCCGAGCGGGGCCGCUACCUCUUCAGCCGCCAGGGACAGCUGUGCGGCCGGAGGCAAGCAUUGGACUAUGAACCUGGACCGCUAGGGACGC